UGGCUUGUUGACCCCGGAAGUGUUUCCACAGAGGCCCGGGACUGUGUUCCAGGUCUGAAUGAAUCGGGCUGAUUCAUCGCGGCCCGGCGGAGCGGAAGGCGGCACGGGGCGAUUGUUGGGGGAAGGAACAGCUGGAGAGCGGCGCGGUUCCUGCGGCCGCCUCGGCGACGGGUAGGAACUAAAAUUUGCCUCUGUCAAAAUUUGGAGAUCCAGCUGAUAUCAGGAAAAAGGUUGGUGAAAGGAACUCUAAACUAGAAAAUAUGGAUAGACUUCUGCGACUUGGAGGAGGUAUGCCUGGUCUGGGACAGGGGCCUCCUACUGAUGCUCCUGCAGUUGACACAGCUGAACAGGUUUACAUCUCUUCUCUCGCACUUCUAAAGAUGUUGAAGCAUGGUCGAGCUGGUGUUCCAAUGGAAGUUAUGGGGCUUAUGCUUGGAGAAUUUGUUGAUGACUAUACUGUCAGAGUGAUUGAUGUGUUUGCUAUGCCACAGUCAGGAACGGGGGUUAGUGUAGAAGCAGUUGAUCCUGUGUUUCAAGCCAAAAUGUUGGAUAUGCUCAAGCAGACUGGAAGACCUGAGAUGGUUGUUGGCUGGUAUCACAGUCAUCCAGGCUUUGGCUGUUGGUUGUCUGGUGUGGAUAUCAAUACUCAGCAGAGUUUUGAAGCCCUGUCAGAAAGAGCUGUGGCUGUAGUAGUGGAUCCCAUUCAGAGUGUAAAAGGAAAGGUUGUUAUUGAUGCCUUCAGAUUGAUCAAUGCUAAUAUGAUGGUCUUGGGACAUGAACCAAGACAAACAACUUCAAAUCUGGGUCACUUAAACAAGCCAUCUAUCCAGGCUUUAAUUCAUGGACUGAAUAGACAUUAUUAUUCCAUUACUAUCAACUACAGGAAGAAUGAACUAGAACAAAAGAUGUUGCUCAAUUUACACAAGAAGAGUUGGAUGGAAGGUUUAACCCUUCAAGACUACAGUGAACACUGCAAACUUAAUGAAACAGUUGUGAAGGAAAUGCUGGAAUUAGCAAGGAAUUACAACAAGGCUGUGGAGGAAGAAGAUAAGAUGACACCUGAACAGCUGGCAAUAAAAAACGUUGGCAAGCAGGACCCCAAACGACAUUUAGAAGAACAUGUGGAUGUGCUGAUGACUUGCAACAUUGUCCAGUGUUUAGCAGCAAUGUUGGAUACUGUUGUAUUUAAAUAAUGACUUACUGAUAAAUACAGUUUCCUGUCUGUAAUGAUCCAUUGUGUAAAGCACUGAGACUAAGAUAUAUUUAGAUGUCAAAGACAUCUGGCAUCAUUUGCAGUCUAAGAGCAUCACUCUGACACCUUUUCAUCUCUGUUGUACAAUUACCUAAGAGACUUUUUAAUGUCAGGGUCUUCGCAUUUUCCACAGCAAUCCAAGAAAUGGGUUAGACAAUGUGUUUGUUUUCAUUUUAAUAUUUUGGUAUAAUUGGCAGUGCAUAUAUAUUGAUUAUUUCUAUGUAGGGUUUUUUUUAAUUCUACUAACCAGUGUUUGGUUGACUGGUGAUGUUCAUGAAUUGGAGGAGGGUCUUUCUGUUGACAUUUCUGUACAAAGCUAAAUAAGCAGGGAAGUGAACUUCAAUAAUCCAAUGAAACCUGGAGUCCUAUUCUGUGCAUAGGAAACCUAGCACAAUCUCAUUAUCUUAUAUAUGAACCCCAGAAUCUUUUUUAACCAUGUGAGUCAGCUUUGAAAUACAAGAAGUGCUGCUAGUAUGUUCCUAAGGAUAAACAAAGCACUUCUCAGCACUGAGUACUUGGUUUACCUCCUUUAGGCUUGUCUCCUUUAGGCUUAGAGUUUUUCAGGUCAGUGGGAUGCGGUUUCCAAGCAGGCUUGAGCCUUUUCUGUGGCCAUUACUCAUUGAUCUUAACUAUUUGCCAAAGUAGGGAAUUAACUGCAAAUAUCUGUAAAACAAGAUACACAGUAUUGAAGAUUAGUGGAUUGUCUGGCUUAGGCUUGAUGAAUAGCAUUGUAGUUUAUCACUCAGAAACCUUGAGAGACAAAAAUGAAGAUAGCUGGCACACGUUUGAUAUGGAGGCCCAAUUAAUCUGAGCAAUAGUUUCAGAGAAGGAGCAGGAGAUUUUGACUAGAGUUGAACCAGAACAUAUUUGUGGGAUGAGUGCCUGAAGAAGCAAGCUAGCAAGUAUCUCAAAUUAUAAAAUGCUCAAUGAACAAAUGAUCUUGCUGAAAUGAUUGUGAGAAUCUGGUAAGUUAAUUAUGAAACAGGUUCAAGCUUCCAGGUUUAGUGCUUUAAGCUGUGAUAAUUCUGUAUAUUCCACAACCACAGUCAAGCACAACAUUCUGUAUUUCCAGAACACCAAUUUCUAGUCCUUUUUUUCUUCCCAACCUUUCUUGCUCUUAUGGCUGCAAAGUACCUUCAGACUGUGGGCAAUGCCUAGUACAAUCUCAGAAGGCAAUUAAAAAGUGUAGUGUACCUAAACUCAAAAGUAAUAACCUAUUACAAAUAAAUUGUAAUGAAAUACAGAUAUUUUUUCUUAAUGUAUUCUGUAAAUAGUUACAAGGGUAUACUGUGAUAUCAAAUCACAAACAUGCCUUCACAGAAAGUAUUUGGGGUGUAACCUUUUUUAUUAGUUAGAAAAAACAGAAAAAAAGAUUUACAGUAAAAGAGCUUAAGAAGGAAUCAAACACAUUUAAAACAUAGAAGAAAGUGACCCAUUGGGAUUCAUUCAAGCAAAACCUAAAACAAAAUUUUGAAUUUGUAAUCAACAGUUUACAUUCACAAAAGUGAAUAAAGGAAGACCAGUUACUAUUGA